UUUGUUCAGCCAGAGAGGCAGAGAAGAAGAAAAAUGGCGGCUCUAGGCGAACCCAAACGGGACGCCGGGCUAACAUUUUGAGCUUUCCCACCCGAAAAGACACAGGGGUACCACGGGGUUACCGCACCGUCCGAAUCCCCACCGGUUCAGCUUUGUGGCGGUACCGCUUUCGCUCGCGUCCGUGUAGGCUAAAUAAACGCAAAAAUAGUGAUUGUAAAAUAACAGGUUUCGCCUAUCAUGAGAGGGAAAAGAGGCAGGCCGCCCAAACCGCUACAAGCCGAGGAGCCGUCCCCAGCUACGACCCGGGGCUUGCGACCCAGGAGGAAUCUGAAGCCCAGGUUGCGGGACAGCGGAGAUGAGGAGAGCCCCACAAGGGAGACCACCAAGCCGGCCAGAAAGAAGAGAGGGAGAUCCGGCACGUCAACACGGGGCAGGGGACGAGGUAGAGGUGGCGGCGGCGGCAGAGGAGGCAGAGGGGGUCGUGGAGGAAGACGGACGGCUGCGUCCAAAACAGUGGUGUACGACGACCACGAGAGUGAGGAGGAGGACGAUGCUGUCAGUUUGAGGUCGGAGGAGGACGAGUAUAUUGAAGAGGAACCUCAGUCCGAUGAGGAUGAGGCCCUCAAAGAGGACUCUGAUUGCCUUGAAAAUGAUGUGCUGGACGAGGAGGAGGAGGAUGAUGCCAGCUACUGUACUGAGAGUAGCUUUCGGAGUCAGAGCACACACGCCAGCACUCCGGGGAAGAAAAAAGUACGGGCUCCCCGGCCUCGCACUCCCAUCCUGGAGGACAAGGAGAUUCCUUCUCUUGAGCUUCCUGACACCUCUGAGGAUCUCCUGGUGCCUAAUGAGGAGCUGCUCAAUGCCACCUCAAUCUACGAGGUGCUGCGGAACUUCAGCACAGUGCUGCGCCUCUCCCCCUUCCGCUUUGAGGACUUUUGUGCAGCACUGGUAGGCCAGGAGCAAAGCACUUUAAUAGCAGAGACUCACAUUUCCCUUUUGAAGGCCAUCCUACGUGAGGAGGACUCCUCCAACACUACCUUUGGCCCAGCUGACCUCAAGGACAGUGUCAAUUCCACUCUGUACUUUAUUGACGGCAUGACAUGGCCUGAAGUGUUGCGGGCGUACUGUGAGAGUGACCGGGAGUACCAUCAUGUCCUUCCCUACCAGGAGGUGGAUGAGUAUCCCUAUGGUCCUCUUGAAAGUAAGAUCAAGGUAUUACAGUUCUUAGUGGACCAGUUUCUCACCACCAACAUUGCCCGUGAGGAGCUGAUGUCUGACGGCAGCAUGCAGUAUGAUGAUCACUGCCGCGUGUGUCAUCGCCUGGGUGACCUGCUGUGCUGUGAGACUUGCUCUGCGGUCUACCACCUGGAGUGUGUGAAACCACCACUGGAGGAGGUUCCAGAGGACGAGUGGCAGUGUGAGAUUUGUGUGGCGCACAAGGUGCCUGGUGUCACAGACUGUGUAACAGAGGCACAGAAGAACAGGCCCUACAUCCGCCAAGAGCCCAUUGGAUAUGACAGGCACCAGAGGAAAUACUGGUUCCUAAACAGAAGGAUUAUAGUUGAGGAGGAUGGGGAGCACAAGAAGAAAAAGAUCUGGUACUAUAGCACCAAGGCGCAGCUGGAGGAACUCAUGGACUGCCUAGAUAAGGAGUACUGGGAGACAGACCUGCACGCCACUCUGGAGGAGAUGAAGGAGGAAGUGCACGCUCACAUGGCCAUCACAGAGGACCUUACCAACAAAGCCCGUGGAAACAGUAAAGCCUACCUCACCGCUGUCAACGAUGUGAUCAUGGAGCGUUUGAAGGUCAGGCGGGAGGCACAGGAAGCAAAGAGGCGAGCAGAGGAGGCAAAGCAGGAAGUAGAAACGGCCUCUGUUAAGACAGCGGAGGAUACUGGUGAGGUCACCUCGCAGCCCGACAACAGAGACCACAAAGAAACUGAGCCCAAGGAAGAUGUCAGUUCACAAGCAGCCACGGUUCCCCCUUCUGCAGAGGAGAGCUGCGUGUCUGAUCCUAACCCCGACUCAGCCUCCCAGGACUCAGCCGUGUCUAAAACAGAAUCCCUUGAAUCAAAUGAGGAACCAGAGCCUGCUCAGUCUAGGAGCCAGGAGAGUGGGGAGUCCCCUCCAGUGGCAAAGCAGGAAAGGACAGAUGAGGAUGUGAAAGCAGAGUCCAGCAGUGAAGUCGCGGACCCUGACGACACGCAGGCACAAACCCAAGAGCAGCCACAGCAGCAGUCAUCUCAAGCAGAGGCAAGUAGCGGCAGCAGCCAGGUUUCUGGAUCUGGGAUCCUCAGGAAACCAGAUCCGCCUGACCUGGCUGAUCGGUCCUCGCAGUCCUCUUUCACCAGCCAGGAUGGGACAGAGGAGUAUAACGAAAGGGUCAAGACUGAUAGAAGGAAAGCACCAGGACAGGAAAUGAAUAACCAAACGCCCAGAGGCAGCAAAGAGUCAUCCCCUGCGCGCUCCGAUGGCGAAUCUUCACGACUCAGCUUCUUGAAAAGGGACCUGACGGUGAAUCUGAACAACUUGUUCAAACUGGGUCAGGAGGGUAAAUACAGGGUCUACCACAACCAGUACAGCACCAACGUCCUUGCCCUCAACAAACAUCAGCACCGCGAGGACCACGACAAGAGACGCCACCUGUCCCACAAGUUCAGCCUGACCACGGCGUCUGAGUUCAAAUGGAACGGCUCUAUCUACGGUUCGCGGAACCUGACUGUCUCCACCCUGCGUCUCACCAUCAUCCAGCUGGAAACCAAUGUGCCCGCACCAUUUAUGCAUCCCAACUGGGCGUCACACAGGACCAACUGGAACAAAGCAGUGCAGAUGUGCAGCAAGGCCAGGGAAUUUGCUUUGGCCUUGGCCAUACUGGAGUGUGCCAUCAAACCAGUGGUCAUGCUGCCUGUAUGGAAAGAUUCUCUUGGACACACAAGGCUACAUCGUAUGACCUCCAUGGAGCGGGAGGAGAAAGAGAAGGUGAAGAAGCGAGAGAAAAAACUGGAGGAUGAAGAGACACUGCAGCAGGCCACUUGGGUGAAGUACACCAUCCCCAUCAAACACCAGGUGUGGAAGCAGAAGGGGGAGGAGUACAGAGUGACUGGUUAUGGUGGCUGGAGCUGGGUCAGUAAGACCCACGUGCCACGUUUUGUUCCAAAGUUACCAGGAAACACAAACGUAAACUACCGCAAAGAACUGGAGGCAGCUAAAAUGAACAAGGAAAAUGCAGCGGCUUGCACAAAUAACCAGAAGAGGCCGAUGGAAACUGAGAGGGAAAACACAGCGGAUGAGAACAAGGAGCAAGCGCCUAUCAUUGUGUCAGCUCAGAGCACUUCAUCAGAGGAUGACUGCAAACCUCAGAGCUCCAAAGAGGAAGAAAAACCCACAGAGAAGGAGGAGGGAGAAAAUGUAGAAGAGAAGGAAAGAGAUGAAAAAAUGGAGGUUGACCCCUGCCCAGUAACUGCUGCUUCAAGUGAUGAGAAGGAUAACGCUGACAGCAAAGGCCCUUCCUCGCCUGCUGCGGAGCCUGUACGAGAAGAACAAACCCAGAAUUUUGAACAACCCAAGAAGGAAGAAACUGCUGCAUCGAAGCCCUACUAUGAUGUUGUGAAUGUCAGCGAGGGCUUCCAGCUGAGGACAUCUUAUAAGAAGAAGGUAAAACCUUCCAAACUGGAUGGGCUCUUGGAGCGUCGGGUAAAACAGUUCACCUUGGAGGAGAAACAGAGGCUAGAGCGGCUGAGACAGGCGGCCCUGCUGUCCAACAUAGCAGCCACAAAGCCGAAUUCAGGGGUUAAGACUGAAGGAUCCACAUUACUCAAACCGCAGCCUGCUGUGACCCCGUGUGUUAAAGCAGAAGACAAGGAGGAGAGCUUACAGGUGAAGGACCCUGUGAUUAAAAAGCUUGACUUUGAGCAGGAGCAGGCGGAGGCAAAAACAGACAGUUAUGACGUUAAAUCAGACUCCGCAGUAACCAACCACAGCAGACAGGAGGUUAAUGCUGUGCAGGGGAACGGCGGAGAAGCCUUAGCCCAUAAAGAGGUGAAUGGAGGACCCUUAGCAAACACUGAGCUCAACAGUAAAAACAACUGUAUAUCAGAGGCAAUAGAAAGCAAAGAAAAAACACAGAGGCCAGAGGUGACCAGAGUGGGAGAGAACGCUAAAAAACGUGGGUAUGAGGAGAUGGAACAAGGCAGCGGACAGAGCGACACAGAGAGCAUGGAGGCAGACCAAAAAAAGGCCAGUCCAGCACAGGUGAAUGGGAAAACUGCAGUCACUGCUGCUGCAGACUCAAACAUCAAUUCAGACCCAGCCAGUCAAGUCCAAGGUGAAAUCAAAGAGGCUCAGAGAGAACCUGUCAAGUCUCUGAUGAAUGGAGACCUCUCGCAAAAGGAUGCAUCUGAUAUAUGUCAUCCACCUCCCCUGAAAGUCCCAAAAUUAGAGAACCACGUGGCAGAAAAAGGAGACGCUGUAUGCAAGAAUGAGGAUGUGUCCAUGGUCAGUGAGGGAACAAUACCUGCUAAGCUUCCAUCCUCAAGUCCUUCUAGGGUGAAUAGUAAUAGCACUGACAACUGCAGUAGUAGCGAAGCUUUGAAGACUUCUAUCACCACUAAUGCUAUCACCACAGAGUCUCAAAGUGUCCCAACAGCUGACAUGUCCAGCACCAUUAGUAAGCCUGAUGUGCUGCCUCAAGCAACAAGUAGCGCAGUUUCCUCUGUUACCACUUCCACAACCACCACCACCCAGCCAAGCUCCCUUGCACCCUGGGUUGUCUCCCAGAAGACCAAACUUCCAGUCGCUGACGCCAAAACGGCAACCCCUGGUUCAACAGCAACCAGCUCCAUGACCAUUAGUAAAGAAUAUUCCACCAGAGACCGGGUCAGCCUUCUGAGGUUCUCCAAAUCCAAGAAGGCACGCUCAGGCACCGCCCUGCCGUCCUAUCGAAAAUUUGUUACCAAGAGCAGCAAGAAGAGCAUCUUUGUUCUGCCAAAUGACGACCUGAAGAGGCUGGCGAGGAGAGCGGGCAUUAGAGAGGUGCCCAUCUUCAACUACAACGCCAAGCCAGCCCUGGAUAUAUGGCCCUACCCUUCACCUCGGCCUACUUUUGGGAUCACAUGGAGGUAUCGUCUCCAGACUGUGAGAUCGCUGGCAGGGGUCAGCCUGAUGCUGAGGCUGCUGUGGGCCUGCCUUAGGUGGGACGACAUGGCUGUUAAGCCCUCCUCUGCUGUAGGGACUACUCGGAAAGAAACCACAGAAACAGACAUCACCACAACAGAGAUUAUAAAACGAAGAGAUGUGGGGCCUUAUGGCAUCCGCUCAGAGUACUGCAUCAGGAAGAUCAUUUGUCCCCUUGGAAACAGAGACACUCCCAAAGAAACCCCCACUCCACAGAGGAAGGGCCUGCGCUCCAGUGCUUUGAGACCCAAGAAGCAGGAGCCAGCCAAGCUGACCGGGCCUAUCGCUGUGGAGACAUGGGUGCCUGAAGAGGACCUGGAGCUGUGGGAGAUCAAAGCCUUUGCAGAAAGAGUGGAGAGGGAGAAGUCACAGGGUGCAGAUCCCUCCAAGACCGGGACUACUCUGAAGACAGCAGAGGAAGUCAAGGCCCAUUUUGAGAAUCAGCUGAAACAGGCCAGACUGGCUGCCCAGCAGAAACGCUUGGAGCAACAGAGACCGAGUACACCUGCGACCCCUUCCACAACAACAGCCACCACCACCUCAGCCAGCACUCCCAACACUCCCAGCACCCCAGCAUCCAUGGGCGGUCAGAGGACAGGUCAGGUCACAUCUGGAACCAAGAUGGUCCUCGCUUCCAAACUGGGCUCUCCAGUUUCUUUCCAGCAAGACAAGAACUUCCACCAGUCUUUUGCUUCCUGGGUCAAGCAGGGUCAGACCAACAACAGCUCAGCCUCCUCUGGCUUGGUGGCCACCGUGGCUAGCAGCAUCGCCACCUCAGAGCAAACCUUCCAGAUCGCUGGCAGCCCAGUGACUGUGGCUGGCCAGGUCCUCGCCGCCAAACUCCCGCUUCCCGCUAACAGCAAGAUUGUCACGCUCAACAUGCCCACUACUCAAGGAGGUGUAGUCCAACAGAAAGUCCUGAGCAUUUUCCCCUCUGGGCCUCCUGCGAACCUUAGGACAUACAGCACACUACAUCCUACGACUGGCAACAUCAACCUCAGAGCCACCACCUCUGGCUCAGCUACUCAGCAACAGGCCACUACAGCAGGAGGCCAAACACAGCCUGGCACUACGAUGAGCCAGUCAUCUCCCCUGUCUACCUCUGUGGGCACAACAAUGGUCAGAAGUCCAGCGUUGGCUCAACAAGGCCAGCCUCAGCAGGCUGUUACCCAGAUGGGUCGUGGCCAGCCUGCAGCCACAGCUGUGCCCGGUUCUACACCUGUGCAGACAGCAGCAACUCAGAGAGCAGCAGGUCCAGGUCCUGCACCAUCACCUCGUGCAGCCACCACAGCUCCUGGACAGCCCCCUGUGGCUCCCCCGCAGACCAACAGACCACAGCAGGGUCAAGUCAAACUAACUAUGGCACAGCUCAUGCAGCUUACACAGGGCGCUCAGGGUGGAAACCCAGGUCUGACAGUGGUGAUCCAGGGUCAGGGCCAGACCCAGGGCCAGCUGCAAAUCAUCCCACAAGGUGUAACAGUCAUUCCUGGCCCUGGUCAGCAGCUAAUGCAAGCAGCCAUGCCUAAUGGUCAGGUCCAGCGCUUCCUCUUCACUCCUAUGCCCCCAUCCUCAUCAGCUUCAACUUCGGCACCCAGUACAGCUACCCCUACAAAACCUGCCGUACCUCAGACCCCUCAAACCCAAAUGUCAAUCCCAGCUCAAGCCAGAACCACUGCACAAGUCCAGACGACUCCCUCAGCCUUAGCCCAAACACAAAUGGCAGCCCCUAUACCCGCCCCAACACAAAUGCCAAGUUUGGCCCCCACCCCAGCUUCAAUCCCUGUGCCAGCUCCAGCACAAGCUGCAGCUCUCACCUCAAUGCAAACACAAGUUUCAGCUGCUAUCCCAUCAUCCAUCCCUGUGCAGUCGCAGAUAUCUUCUCCUGUGCCUGCCCUGCCACAAGCUGCAGCCCAGGCCUCCACACAGGUUUUCUCCUCCACACCAGUCUCUAUCCCCACGCAACCCCAGGUGGCAAGAUCAGUGCCUGCCCUGACACAAAAUGCAGUGCCAGUUAUGACUCAGACAGUCUUCACCUCAGCCACAGCCCCUGCACAAAACCAAACUGAAGUCCCAGCCAUGGUCCAAACCCAAGUCUCCACCCUUAACCCAGGCUCAUUCCUCACACAAACCCAAACUGCAGUGUCGCUGCCUGUCCCAGGACAGGUUGGACCCCAGUCCCAGAUCCAGGCACAUGCCGUCAGCCCUGCCCCAGGCUUCACCUCAGCUCCUGUCCAGAUGCACGUUACUGCUCCUGUCCCUGCUGUAGCCCCUGUCUCAGUCAAGGCUGCCCAGGUUGCUGCUACGGCAGCCCUGACUAACUCGGCCCAGAUGCAAGCUUCUGCCUCUCUUCCCUCCGCUGUCCCAGUUCCAACCCCAGCUCUCGCUCCUGUCUCUGCUCCUGUCAUAGCUGUCGUGUCCACCCAGAUUGCUGUCCCGUCCCCAGCCAAAGCUCUAACCCAAAUCCAAGCCACAGCACCGGUUCCCCUUCACGCUGCUGUGGCCAAUGCUGUUGUCACACCAGUCACAGCCACCUCUACAACACCUUCAGUGCCAGCUCUGACAGAGCAGAGGGCAGCUCAGCCCCAGGUUUGGAUUCCAGCUGCACCUCAAGCCCAGACUCCAGUUCAGCCAGCUCAGCAGGCUGCAGCUCCCAUUCAAGCACCUGUCCUGGCCACUGUACCUGGCUCUGCCCCCACAUCGGUCUCCACACAUUCACCCGUCACCCCUCUGCCUCAAGCUUCUCUUACUCCUCAGUCUCAAGCACAAGUCCAGCAUCCUACUGUUGUAUCCAUGCAGCAGGUGUCUCAAAUGCCAGUCUCAGCAGUGCAGGUUCAUAUGAAGGGAUUACCGGUCUCAUCUGUUGUGACGACUAUGAGACCCUCCCAAACUCAGCUCCAGCCCCAAACCAGUACUCAACUACAACCCCAGCCUCAAGCUCAGAUCCGUGCACAGCUUCAGGUCCAACCCUUUGGCCAAGUCCAACAAAUGCCACACAUUCAGGCUCAAGCCCAUCUCCAGUCCCAAGCACAAGCCCAAAUCCACCCCCAGGUCCGAGUUCAGUUUCAGCCACGGGCAACCCAAGCCCAAGUGCAGCCCCUCGCUCAAAUCCAACCUCAGGUCCAGGUCCAGGCCCAGGCCCCAGCCCAGGCCCAACUCCAGUCAAGGGUCCAACCUCAGUACCACCCCCAGGUACAAGCUUCGUUUCAAACACAGGCGCAAACCCAACCCCAGGCUCAGCAACAGCCUCAGGUCCAACCUCAGCCCCAGGUCCAGUCACCGCCUCAGGUUCAGUCUCAGGCUCAAACCCAACUCCAUCCCCAGGUUCAGGUCCAGUUCCAGCAACAGAGCCAGAUCCAACCUCAGGCCCCACAGCAACCCCAGGUCCAAACUCAAGUCCAAACCCAGCCCCACUUUCAAGUCCAGUCGCCGCAGCAGACGCAGGUCCAGCAACAGCUUCAGGUCCAAACCCAGCCUCAAGUCCAAGCUAAGCUUCAAGUCCAGUUCCAGCCUCAGAACCAAAAUCAAGUUCAAACGCAGCCUCAGCUUCAGGUCCAGUCUCCAAUCAGGCAUCAGCUCAUCACUGUUCCUGGCCUGCAACAACCAGUCCAGCUGCUGUCGGCUCUGCCACCCCACGUAGCAGCCCAGAUCCAAGCCCAGAUCCAGGCGCAGGCACAGCAGCAGGGUGGCACAGUACCACAACAGAUCAAACUGCAGCUGCCAAUCCAGAUCCAGCAGACAGGGGGGCAGAUUCAGGCCCACCAGAUCCAGAAUAUGGUGACCAUACAGGCACCAGCAAGCGUCCAGGAGCAGCUUCAGAGGAUGCAGCAUCAACAGCAGCAGCAGCAACAACAACAACAGCAAACACCACCAACAAAGAAGAAGAAACACCACGAGGCUAAAAGGGAACAGAAAGAGCAGAAUCUGCAGGCUGUUAGCCCUGGGGAUGGCAUCAACAAACCGGUGGUAGUGAAACAGAAUGCUACAGCAGAGCAGCUGAAACAGAGGAAGACCCUGGCUGCAGCUGAGCGAGAGGAGAAUCAGAGAAUGAUUGUGUGCAACCAGGUGAUGAAGUUUAUUCUUGACAAGAUUGAGAAGGAUGAGAAGCAGGCAGCUAAGAAGAGGAAGAAGGAGGAGGUGGUGGAGCAGAAACGCUCUAAGCAGAACGCGACCAAGCUGACUGCUCUGCUGUACAAACACAAAGAACAGCUGAAGGCUGAGAUCCUGAAGAAGAGGGCUCUGCUGGACAAGGAGCUGCAGCUGCAAGUGCAGGAGGAGCUGAGGCGGGACAUAGCCAGGCUACAAAAAGAAAAGGAGAAAGCCCGAGCUGCUAUCACACAAGCUGCUGCAGCAACAGUCAAGGCUGCCUCUUCCCACUCCUCCUCCCAUCCCUCUCACUCUACACAUUCCUCUCACAGCACCCACACAGUGACCUCACCUUCCUCAUCCCAUAAACGCAAGAGGGAAGAGGACAGAGACAAAGACAGAAACAGAGAGAGGGACAGGCAUCACGACAAGGACAAGAAACGGGACAGGGACAGGGACAAGGACAAGGACAAGGAUAGAGACCGAUAUAGAGACAAAGAUAAAGACAGAGACCGGGAUCGAGAGAGGGAGAGGGAGAGGGAGAGAGACCGCGAACGAGACAGACAUCGGGACAGGGACAGAGACAAGGACAGAGACAAAGACAGAGACAAAGACAGAGACUCCAACUCAUCAAAACACAAGAAGAAGAAGAAGCUCUCUUCUACCUCAAAGGAUCACAAGAAGGACACCAAACUGUACUGUAUCUGCAAAACACCCUACGACGAGUCAAAGUUUUAUAUAGGGUGUGACCUGUGCUCCAACUGGUUUCAUGGCGCAUGUGUUGGCAUCACAGAGAAGGAAGCCAAGAAGUUGGAGGACUUUGUGUGUAAUGACUGUAAACGUGGCCAGGAGGGAGCAAGCAAUGAGGAGCUAUACUGCAUCUGCCGGACACCAUAUGACGAAUCACAGUUUUACAUAGGCUGCGACCGCUGCCAGAACUGGUACCAUGGGCGCUGUGUUGGCAUCCUGCAGAGCGAGGCCAAUCACAUCGAUGUGUACGUGUGCCCGCAGUGUCAGUCGACAGAAGACGCCAUGACAGUCCUCACGCCGCUCACUGACAAAGACUAUGAGGGGUUGAAAAGAAUAUUACGCUCGUUACAGUCUCAUAAAAUGGCAUGGCCUUUCCUUGAACCAGUGGAUCCCCAUGACGCUCCUGAUUAUUAUCGUGUCAUCAAGGAGCCAAUGGACUUUUCCACAAUGGAAACCCGUUUGCAAAAGCGACAUUAUCACAAGCUCACAGAGUUUGUGGCAGACGUGACCAAAAUCUUCGACAACUGCCGCUAUUACAACCCCAACGACACGCCGUUCUUUCAGUGUGCGGAGGUGCUGGAAGCCUUCUUUGUACAGAAGCUUAAAGGUUUCAAAGCGAGCAGGUCUCAUAACAACAAGCUACAGUCUUCUUCAGCCUCUUAGAAAGCAUCGCACAUUGCUCAAACAAAAUGCACUUGCCAAGAAUAUGGCUUUUCUGAACUGUAACUCUGUGACGGACUCUGCCUCACCCCGUGUUUGGGAUCUGCUCCUCUGACUGUUGGUACAGCCAGCACUGCUGCUUUCACUGAAACUGUUGAGGCAGAGCUGCCCUCUCUGCCCAUUUCAGCUCUAAAGGGACCUUUUUGGACCUUCAUCAGUGGGACUGUACUGAGGAGGGUGAACAACUGAGGCAUUUCAGAAGAAAGUUUACCUCGGAGAAAAGACUCUUAAGGAGCUCUCAUAUUUCCAUGUACCUUAUUUUUUGAUCUCAGUCUUUAUUUUUUUCUUUCUUGUUAAAAAUCCCUCAGGCCAUCCUUGUGGUCAUCAUGUCCAAGAAAUAGGAAGCUGAAUACUGACUGUACAAUGGCUGAGUUUCACUGAGCAUAAUGUAUCAAGAGUUUUGUGUCUAAAUUCAGAUAUCAUGGUGGAACAACUUUUUUCUCUCAUUUCCACUCAUUGUUUAGUCUGAAGUGGCAUGAAAGACAGUUGUACUAAAUAUCUGGACAUCAAUAGUCUGCUUGGUUAAACUUCUAUAACCUACUGAAAGUAUGGUAAUAAGCUAUUGUAAUUGUAUUGCUCUGCAGUCAUGGUUGACUGACUGAGAAGGAUGAAACCGUGUAUUUGAAGGUUCCUGCCCUGUUUGUAAAAAUUUGUCAGAUUUUGACUUGAUUUCUUUUUCUUUUUUUGUAUUACAGCUGAAGAAAUAUUGAUGUAUAUGGAACUUAAUAAAAUGUAAAAGACUGA